UCAUAGUGACCUCAUACUUCAUAUAUUGUAAGUCUGAACCGGCAUUACCUAAAAAUUCAGCCUUUAAUCUAACCGCAUUGCAACGAAAGCUUACAUCUAUUCAGCAUCUGUCAAUCUGACCUCUCUAUUCUUCACGGGUCCGACGCACGACGUAGAGUUCUAAGGAUGAAGAUUGAAAAUGGCCUGCCUUGCUCUCAGCUCCCUGAGGCCCCUCCUCAGACCGGCCUGCAGUUUACAGUGGCGACAGAAGAGGACUUUGAUGAUAUCAUGGCCAUGAGCAAGGAUAUCUAUGGUGGCCUGGAUUAUCUGCCCUCCCGCUAUCAAGCGUGGCUGCAAGAGAGCAACCGCACUGUCAUUUUGGCUCGCAAGCAAGGCAAAGUGAUUGCGCUGGAGUCGGUGUGUGUUAUUGAUGAUGGCGAGACAAUGCUAGUGGAAGGGCUUCGUGUUGCCCCACAGGAGAGGGGGAAAGGUGUGGCAGGGGUACUUCUUCGGUUUUGCUCUCAAUUGGUUAAGUCCAGGUACCCUGACGUUAAAGUCAGCAGAUUGACAAGAGAUGACCAACUGGGACCAAAAGACUUCCAGAAAUACCGGCUCAUCACCAAACAGGGAAUCCUCCUGGUGCGCUUCCAUGCUGAAGACAUAAAAUUACGCCUUGCUGAUCUUGGGCCUAAUAACCAGCUCUUCUUAAGCGAUGUUCUGAUGCAGGGUGUCCUUCCCAAUGCCACCAUCGUUCAAGAUUGGCAGCCCUUCAAGCCUCUGUCUAGCAACAUGGACAUCCUGCUGAAGAAGGACAUUGAUUGGAUGGUUGAUGAUGCCAGACGCCCAACCAUGGCCAGCUUGUGCACCUUCCCGUUCCGUGUGCCAAUCGGUGAUGACUGGUACUACCUCAACAUCGACAUGUUUGGUAAAGACCUGACGCUGGCCAUACAACAGCUGUUGUGCCACCUGAGGUGCCACACUGGCACUCUGAAGGGUUACGUCAUGUGCCAGGUGUUCCUGGAGCCCGCGCUGUGGAAGCCGAUGGCCGAUUUCUUUAGGGAGACCCUUAAAGUGGAGUUGGUGAAAGAGUACACAGAGCAGUGUGUGGUGGAGUCUGAUGUUGUUUAGUCAAGGAGCCUCAGAAACACCUUCCCUUAAAAAUUAGACACCAAACUUACAAAAUAAGAGGAAACAUCUCCUUCAAAUAUGGCACCUAAAAUAUCUUCUUUAAAAGGGACAACAAAAAAACUUCAGUUCUAUUCCGCUUAAAUGAAAAUGCGCUCAUAGGAUUUAAUUUAUUUUAACAGCAAUUAAUUAAUUAAAAUAAAAUGCAUGUAAGUGAACAAACUAGAAUAAAUGUGGUAGAUGCUUGUUUAGGUUACUUAAUUUAUUUCCAUAUGCAGUACUGUAAACAGUGGCGCUGACAGGACAGGGACUGGAAAAGAGGGAGCAGUUUCAGAUUAUAUAUAAGUAGGGACCCAAAUUGUUCCAGGCCCUUUCAUUUCUGUUGGCAUCGCUGACAGUGAAAGCAUAUUUACUCAUGCUGAGUUGAAAAGAAAACUGCACAAUCUUUAGGGCACUUUAUGAUAAAAAAAGGGGAUCUCACUUUAGAGUCUGUUGCUUUUUCAGAAUGUGGCACUGUAGCUGCUAGAGUAUUUAGAGGGAAAACAACAACCACAACGUUUCUUUUUUUAAAAGGGAGUUUAUGAUACCCAUAUGCAAAUCGAAAUGGUCUUUAGAGGCAGUUUUAAUUAACCUGAAAUGACUAACAUUACCACAUUGGGAAAAUGUAAUCUCAGACUGAUAUGCUCCUCGAAAAAUUGUCUUUAAUAAUAUUUCCUCUAAAAGUACUUUGCAGUGCUUUAAACCCGGCAUCAAAUUAUAAACGUCUGGCUGAGAACUUGCUUAUACAUUUAGAUUACAGUCUCAAGUUUUUGCUUUAAGUACUUGAAUCUAAAAUUAUGUUCUAUCAGUAUUUGUACCUAACUGUAGAUUCAAAGUGCAAUUUCAAUAAUACACUGGAAGGAAUAUUGCUAGAAGUACAUUCAGGUAGAUAUGAUUAAUAACUAAUAAUGAAGCAGACAUGUAAAAUUGUUUUUUUUUUUUUUAUUAUUCAUAUUUUAUUUCUAAAAUAAAUGUAAACUGACUGGAUCACAUUUAAAUACAAAAUGCAGAAAAUAUAACUAGGGAUAUAUACCGUAUAUAUACACAAAUGUUUGUAUAAAUGUUCUUUCUUAAAUAGUUCAUUUAAAACCAUUUAGUUAUAAUUAAUUGGAGACAUCGCUAUGUAGUGAUUUUAUUACAUAAUACAUAUGAUUCAGAAGAAACGUGAUCUUAAGGGAAGUUCUCCAAAUUCAGUGCUCCAAUGAACAGAAGAAGAAAAAAACAUCACCUCUGAAAAUCUUCGUCUGACUCAGGUGAUUCACCCAUGGAAUCAGGAAAACAAAACCUCAUAUUCUGGACAAUUGGAAACCUGAGCAAGACAAGUGACAGUCGCUCAUCUCUAUGAAGAGUUUAAUUUUUUUUUUGACAGACAUACACAAUUUAUCCGAUGGAAAAGAAUGAAUGAAAUCACCAGUGCUCCUUUUUAAUAAUGCAGAAGAUAAGGACACAUCAUCUCCUUCUAUUGGCCUUGUCUUGGAAGAAAGUGAAGUGAAAUAUUUCCAACACAGAUAAAGACAAACAGAAAAAAGCCUUCAGACAUCCUCAAAACCAUAUUUAGUUCCUUUGCCCCAAACCCAGAUUGGAGCAUGCUUUUUCCCUGAAGCACUGUGCCAGAAUGAGAGACACACAGCCCACACUAGCAAAUGCAUCGCUGUUUGUUUCUCGAACAGCUAAUUUUCUGGUACUAAUUGGAAGGUUAAAUGAAACAAAAGUUCUAUUAAUUUAUAUCUUAAUAUAUAUAAAUAUAUAAAUAUAAUAUAACUUACAGUUUAAGUCCUCACAGAGUCCACUCCCAAUUUUUCAGACAGAUCUGAAACUCAGUCUGUCUCCACUAAACUAAAACCCUGAAUUUCUUUACUCUUGUUACUAAUAAUGUGUCUGGCUUGACUUGAUUUGGUGGACUUAUUUUGUAUCCUUGUAUGAACUCUCAACAUCCACUGAAGAAAAGGAGGCCUCCUCUCCUCCAUUUGGACAGCUGCAUGUGGAACUUGUAUUGCGGUCAGUAUACAGGCAGCCUUUUUUGGUUAUGAAAGUUAAGGCAUUUUGAAGAUUAUUAACUGUAAUUCAAAUGAAAGUUUAUUGCAUUUGUAUAGGUGUACAUAUAUAUACAUUUAUAUGUUUGUUUGGGGGUGAUUUGAAAGGGAAUCUUUGUUCAAAUUCUUUCAUGGCUGAAAUCUUGAAAUCCUUCAUGUCUGCUAUGUGCUUUCAGAGAAAAUGGUCAAACUCAGUUUCAAAAUAUAUAGUCGAGAAGCACAAGGUACAUUAAUGCUUCAGUUUCCCAUGGAAAUUACAUUUGCUCAACUCAAAACAGUGUAUAUUGGCCUUUAAAAAGCUACAAAUCAUGUUAGAGUCAAGCAUCCUUGAUAUGCUAUUUUUAACUGGCCUUUUUCUCCUCUCCAAAGCACUCGUCAUAUUUAGACAUGAUGGAUUAGAGACCCAAAAUGUGUACGGCUUGUGUUUUCUGUUGUACAUAGUGCAGUGCAUUUAGAUUUAAUUGUUAUGUAUUAUGUCAGUUUACCUUAGCGGUAGAGGGUUCGGUCACUAGCCUCUAUAUUUAGCUGUUACUUUCUUUUGUCACUUUUAUAUGUGAGACGUUUGGUAAUCCAGUAAUCACAUAAGAAUAUUUCUCUCUUUUGUUGUUGUUUUUAUCUUUCAGCUCCAUUUUUUUUUCUUUCAGCACUUUUGAUGUCUAAUUGCCUUUCCAAGUAUUUGUGAAUCGUGCAGGAGCUUGUAACUCUAUAUUUUACACAGGUCCUGGUGUCAGGUCCGUGAGACUAUAAAAGGUUAGAGGCAUGUGACCACCUGAUGGUGAAGAGAUGUAAAGGAUACGUUGCCCCUUGUUUUGCUGGCACGCGUGGAGUGAACUUUAAACCCAUUUCUUUCAAUUAUAAAGUGGCUUUUCACUUUCUUUUUCUGGAAUGGAAAAAUAAGACAGGUUGCAUAGGGAGGUGAGAGAUGAAGCCGGGGCUAUGCUAGGAAUAGGUGGUGAGGAGAUGACGUGAUCCAGAUCAUGUUACCACUCUAAAAAUGAGUAAACAUUCAUUUUGUAUUGUGCAGAUGGCCAACGACUAGGGAGGGACAUAUUCUAGGAAAUUUUUUUGAAUCAUUUUUAGCAAGAGAAGCGAUCAGGCUUUGUGUUCGUAAUUAGCGGCAACUGACUAUUUAGGAUAGACCACCCUGACCAGGAUAUCUGGUUUUUCCCAAGUCACUCAGCACUAAAGUAAUACCUCGAAGGCUAAGACAUACGAAAGCAAAUAUAUACACAGGCACUUGUUACCUGUAUGAAUGUGGGCCAGUUAGAGUUUCAGGGCUCGUCUCCGAGUAAGUGAAACCGGAUACCGAAAGUGUCAUCUUGCGUAGAACAAGGGUUCGCCCCAGACUCCCUUUACCUUCCACCUGAUCCCCGUCAGCUUGACACAUGGAAAGAGUGAGCAGGAGAGGUUAAAAAAGAAGGCUCGAGGCUUCCAGCCUUGUCAUACAAAUGCACUGUCCUUUGCCACACUGCUCAGUACCUAUGUUAGUUGUUUAUUUCACAACGGCGUCUUUUGUUUUUCAUUUUCCUGACUGCUUUGUAAUGUUUAUGAAGGGCUUUACGUGUAUUAGAAUCAGCUGUGUAUUGUAUGUUUUGUGAACGAAAACGAGAGGAAAACCACCAGGGAGAUUUUGUUUUUAUUCCAAGUCACUAUUCAAAACUGAAAACUUAACUGAAAGCCUUAUCCAGGUGAUAUCAGUUGAAUUGCUGAUUUGCACUAUCAGAGCUUCAACUCUGCUUCUCCCUUUGUUGUUUUCCAUAGAAAAAAAAAACAUAUACUGUGUCUAUACACAGAUGCUUCUGAAAUGGCUAAAUCACACAGGUAUUUUCACCUGUGGUGCACUAAGCUAUUUUGUUACAUUUAAUCUACAAAUCUCAUGCAGUAUUUGGAGGUAAAAUGCAACUAGAUCCCAAUGCAAAUUGUAUUUUAUCUCAUGCCAUGUCAGAAUCAUCCAACUCCGAUUGGAUUGACCAUUCAUCUAGCUGUUCUGAUGUGCUGCACUUUAUACUGUAGAUAUGUAGAUAUUCCAAAGCACAGUGGGGAUCUUCAUUAAACAUCAGUGUGUGUUGCUGUAACAGUCAUGGUCAUUCAGUGGAUCACACUAUAUUUUUUUGUAAUUGAGGAGCGUAGGCCUAUCUGCAUACCGUUUUUAAAUUCAAGGAUAUUUUUAUUAGUGUGCUCCUCACUUGAUAGGCUAUCUUUAGAAGUAAUAAAGCUCCUACUUAAUGACCAUGGUCUGAAUAAACCACACUGUACCUGUCUGAAACCGCUGAUGGACAUAUUUACCACUAUCGGCAAAACAGGGACCAUGAUUUCUACAGACCUCAAGAAGGUGGUGGUUUGAAUGUCCAUGUCAUCCAUUCUCUUGAUGCAGCAGUGGCUGUUGAGUUUGUUUUCACGCAAGUCUUCCCAUUAGCCCUAGAUACAAACUGGGUGUCAUGUUUUGUGUGUUUGUGCAAUUGGAAUAUACAUAUGAUGGGAAACUAAUGCUCAUGGAUGAGAUUUCUCAAAAGAAAAAGAAAAAAGAACUCAUGGCCAGCUGUCAAUCAAGAGGGUGAAUACAGUUUUAAUGCCGUAAAGGCAUUUUGAUUAUAUGAUAAUUGUUUUCCUUUUUUUAAAGAUUUUUUUAUCACCCAAUAUGACUGCUUAUUCUCAAGCAGUGAUGUGACAACUAAUGGAAAAAUAUUUUAGUAUUUUGUUACCUGUCUUGUUUCUUUUUUUCAGAGAUUGUGAGAGAUGCAGAACUAUUUUAAAUACAGUAAUUUUUUAAAAACCUUAUAAUCCAUGAGAGGUUUUUGAAAUGUGCAUGUUGUGUGAGUGGAUGGGGACGGGCUUUACAAUGAGCAUGUGACUAGAUUUACACUGAGCACAACGACCCUGUACAAAUAAAAUGACAUUUAGAAACUGUCAAAUUGGAAUCGAUGACAACGGACAAAUUAAUGGUGGAAGUUUAGACAGGGUAUUUAAAAAUGGCAAGGGUAAACCUGUUUCUUUUCUUUUCUUUUCUUUUCUUCUCUUUUUUUAGCCAUGAUAUACAUUUUUACAAAUGAUAGCCUAUACUUCGGUAAUUGUAUAAAAGAAUUUAAAAAUCUGAUCACUGAUCAUUUUUUUCUGCUCUUUUUUGCUUGUGGUAUUUUAUUGUAAUUGUAUGCAUCUCUAUAUACCUAUUUCUUUGUACACUUAACAAAUAACUUAGCUUAAAUAUUUUAAUAUACAAUAUUUAAAAAAUGUAUCCAAAUCUAGAAACUGUCACUUCUUAAAAUCAACAUCAUUAAAUCAUAAAAUCAUUAAAGUAGAGGUCAUAAUGUGUGACCUGUAGACAGUGGUUUAUCUAAUAUAUAUAUAUAUAUAUAUAUAUAUAUAUUUGUUUUGCUAUUUUAUGUUACUUUUAUUUGUAGGUUUUUUUUUUUUUUUUUUUCUUUUCUUUUUUUUUUAAAUGACAAAGAUUUACAGGUCUAGACCAAUGUUAAAUCAACUACUAAUCCUGGCUGGUACACUUGUUAUUAAGAAAUUAUUUGCAAAAUUAAUUUGAUUCCCUAUUCUUUUAAUUUAAUUAAUUUAACUUACAUCCCCUAUUCUUUUAAUUUAAUUCAUUUAACUAUAACAAGAGUUUAAAUUUGCCUUUAGUAAAUGUUACUAAAUGUACCAACGAAUAUUAGUAGGAAAUUGUAAAUGGAUGGAUGAUCCAGAAUGAUCAUCCAGGACGACCCAGAAGCAGGUUAAAGUGUGACUAUAGGCAGAUGGUAUGACGUAACUUUACUUAAAGUAACUGAUAUGCCAAUGGCCAUGAAACUAGUCAAUGUGCUCUAUCAUAUAUUGUUACAUUAAAUGACAAUGAAAUGUGUAUGUUUAUUAUGUAUAGGACACAUUUACUGCACGUAAGUUUUUGUUGACCUCUAACAUUGAACAGUAUGUAAAUUUAUGUAAAAAUCUAGAUAACCUCUAAGGUCCGAGCUUUGUCUCUGCUGUCAAGUGUGAUGAGUAAUCCUAUUUACAAUAUCCCAAAGAUCACAUGUUGAAUGCAGUAGAAAACCAGAUGAACCCAAUGAAAACACAACUGUCAUGUUUCCAUAUUCUGCCAUUUAAAAAAAGCCCCAAACCAUAAGAUCAAUACAGUCUUUGACAAGAACCCAAAUGUUGAAAUUCUGUAUAUUUUCCAUUGAAAUCCUACAUAUUGGAAUUUUUGGAGCUCAGUUUUUAUGACUGCAAUAUGUGAUUGAAAACAAACAGUGACACUGCAGUCUUUCUGAGUUUCUUGGUUAAUGUCACCCCUUUGUUGUGUUCUUGUAUUACUUUACCUUGUACAUAAUCAUUUAAUAUUUUUAACAUUUUAACUAGUGUUUAUGUUGUCAGAGUGUUUGUCAUUACCAUUGUAACACCGUAACCGUAAUGAGCUCUAUCUUUAAUGGCAACAGAUGUAAUGCAGUAAUACCUUUGCAAAAUAUGGCAGAUAACAAAUGGCUUUAUAUGAAGACUUGUGACUAAUAUUGUUGAUCAAAUGCAUUUGUAAAAGGACUGGUGAGGUUUUAGCCACUUGCUGUAGUUGCAAUGCAGUAUCAGAAUGAACAAAAUGUAUCUAAAUAGCAUAGUUUAGAUGUUAUUCGCUAAGUGAUGUUUUGAAUUGAUGUAUUAGAUUAAGUGUUUUAUUUUCCAAAUUGUUAAUCAAAACUUAGUGUUAGAGAUAUUUGUGUGUGUGUUUACCUAACUGUAUAUUGUGCUAUUUAGCAAUAAACAAACAAACAAACAAAAAGAAAAAAAAAAAAAAAAAAAAAAAAGAAAAAAAAUCCCUAAAACAACCCUUAAACAAACAAGGCAUAGAAUGAAUUCAAAACUGAUAAGAAAAGAAAAAACCCACAGAAAGUGAACGUUGUUGCCAGUGUUAAAUGGCAGUUAUCUUAAAAAGGGAGAGCCACACAUUAGGGUUUUUUAUAUACAUAACAAUGUGUAUUAACAGAAGCUCAGCAGAUGCUUUCAAAGUGACCUACAGUACAACAACAGUACACAAAUCACAUUACAGAGAAAUACCAGGACAAGCAGCUGACAAUACACAAUGCUUGCCAAGCUAGGCCUUAGUCGCCAAGAAGAAACUCUUUACAACUGCAGGUAUAAUAAAACUUUGCUUACUAAUUACUUUAACUUAUAGCCAGGAUGCUUGGUAAGAGGCAUCUAAUUAUGUUUGUUGUUUGUUAAGCACGUCUAAUUUCUUUCGACAAGGAUCAUGUAGAUGUUUUUUUUUUUAAUAUUUGAUGAGCUGUUAUGUUAUCGAUGGACCCAACAGUCAACACUUUGCAAAAUGUGUAGUGUUGCACAGUGACAGAAUAUUAACCAUCCCAAAAUCUAGUGCUGUGUCUUUGGGCCCACUAUUAUCCAUGAAGACGAUUGCAUCAUUAUAUUAUAGAGAACACAUGCACUGCCAGUACAUAAUGUAAAACAUUUUGGCUUGGUAAGCAACAAACAUGUAUCAACAGCGAAGCAUAAUAUAGCAUAUGAUAAGUGAAACAAAAGCAGUGCUACGACAGUCGAGCAAGGAUAUAUAUACACACACAUAUAUCGGGCAAUGACAAAUGGAGAAUGUGAGAAGCUUCUUUGCUGAACUAUGCUGACACGAGGAGCAGCUGUUACUACAGCCUCACAUUAUUGACCUCUAUUUUACUGCUGCACAAGUACAAUAGUGUCUUAUGGAUGAGCAUUUCUUAAUAAACACACUUAGGAAAAUGUGAAUGUCUCAAAUGUUUGGUAAAAAUGGUGGCAGAUAGAAUAUGAGAGGUGGACAGCUGCUAAAGAUGGGUUUGAAGAAUUAAACCCAUGCCACCUGUUCUUGGAUUACAAUGAACAUUUCAGAAAUUCAUUGCACUCCAAUUCAGAUAAGUAAAUCAGAGGCUAGAUUAAAUAAAAUGAGUCUAGAGUUUGACAUCACAACUCAAUCAAUUAAUUCUUGGUAUUUUUGGGCUUACCCUACUUGGUUGCUUUUGGACGAAUGACGUAUUUAAGAAGCCAGUAAAUAAACAAUAAGCAGCAUUAUUUAAUCUCAUGAUCAAUGUUGGCAAUUUUAUGAUGGUGAGAGAGAAGAAAAUAUAUUUGUCUUGCUUUCUGAAUUAAGUGUGCCACCCUAAAAAAAUCAUGAGAGUUGGGAUUACAGUGCUGGAAAAACUCUGCUAUAGUUGGAAUCAGGUUCUGAAAUGAAUGGGGCAAAAAUGACAACAAAAUGAACAAAAAUGUCCCUCAAAUUCAAGAUAAGGGACAAAUAAGCUCUAUUACGACUGCCACGAUUAAAGUAAAAAGUGAAAUGAAUGAAAAGUGUUGAUUUCGGCAUUACAUUUACAGUAGAUUUGCUCAUGUUGCAUCUGAUUUUUUUAUGCACGGUGUGCAGCGUUGAGCAUAAUAACAAAUCACACGUUUCAGUUUUUGUGUCAUGUACAUGAGCAGCAUGUGUAAAUGAACAUAAAUGCCAUGUCAGAUGCAGUUUUUAUCAUACCUUAGUAGUGUAAAGAUGGCUUUUGUGGUAACAAUUUACAAUAAGGUUACAUUUGUUAACAUUAGUUAACUACAAUAUGGACUAAGAAUGAACAAUACUUCUACAGCAUUUAUUAAUCUUAGUUAAUGUUAAUUUCAACAUUUACUAAUACAUUAUUAAAAUCAAAGUUUCUUUUGGUUAACAUUAGUUAAUGCACCUUGAACGAACAUGAACAAACAAUGAACAGCUGGAUUUUUAUUAACUAACAUUAACCAAGAUUAUACUUGUAAUAAAUGCUCAUUGAUAGUAAUGUUAGUUAAUAAAUUAAUGUUCACAAAUGAGA